CAAUUAUGCCGUGUGGACAGGAUCACGAGCAUAGCGAGGCCUGUGGGCAUGGUGCUGCCGGUCUUGCAGGGGAGGAGAUGGGGAUAGCUUAUUCUCUGUACCAGGUACCUAAGAGGAUAGACCUGAAUCAGCUGAGCUGUCUAAACGAGGCUGUGGAAGAGUCUGGGAAGAAAGUGUUUAAACCCUACGAGGCAAGGUUGGAUAGACGCGAAUGGGUUGAAUCAGAUGCAGAUGAGGAAUUGCUCUUCAACAUUCCCUUCACAGGAUCUGUCAAGCUUAAAG